UGCUACUCUUCCUAACUUCAAACAAUGAGUUGUUGUAAGGAUAUUACAAACCAAGUACAGACAUUGAAGAAUAAGUUGUUAAAACAGACUGCGGAUAGAAACUCAUGCAGCGAAGGUCAGCGUCAGAGGGGGUCAGGGGGCAUUCGUCUGGCUAGGAAGAUGUGUUACGCUGUGGGCGGGGUCCCGCAUCAGAUCACAACUCUAGCUGUCGGUGUUUCCCUGCAGAUUUUUCUUCUGGAUGUUGUGCAGAUGGAGGCCUCCUAUGUUUCCAUGAUUUUAUUUGCGAGUCAGGCCUGGGAUGCUGUGACUGACCCUCUGGUUGGAUAUCUGGUGAGCCGCAGUAAAUGGACACCCAUCGGCAAACUCACUCCCUGGCUGAUUCUCUCCACACCCUUUGGUGUCCUGUCCUAUGUGCUGCUGUGGUUAGAGCCACCAGGCUCCACGUCUCAGGCUCUCAACGUGUUGUGGUUCCUCACAUCAGCCUGCCUGUUCGAGACCCUCAUGAGUUGUUACAACAUCCCCUACCUCUCCCUCAACAUGUUCCUGGGGGGCGAUCAGAGGGACAGAGACUCUGCCACAGCCUACAGAAAGAUUGUGGAGAUGGUAGCGAUGCUGUUGGCUUCGCUAAUUCAGGGACAAGUUGUAGCUGUGUACAACACAGAAAAGCAGGAGGCCUGUCAACAGCUGGACCAGGCUCAUGAAACAACCCCAAGCUCUUCUUCACCACAGACUGCAUCACUUCACAAAACGCAAAGGGCCUUCUUGACCUCAGCCAUGGUUAUGGCUGCCCUUUAUUUCCUCUGCAGCUUGGUUCUGUUCCUUGGGGUGAAGGAGCAGCAGGCCCCUCUGAGCUCUGCUGACAAAGUACAACUGUCCUAUCUGACCUCUCUGAAGAUGCUGAUAUGCCACGUUCCUUACCAGCGACUGGUGCUCGGCUUUGUGUUUAGUGCUUUUGCAUUUCAGAUGUCAUUGGGUAAUUUUGCACUUUUUUGCAGUCAUGCAGCUGGGCUAGGAACCCAGUUCCAGCACCUCCUGCUGGUUCUACUGGUGUCUUCCUCAGUAGCAGUUCCUGUGUGGCAAGCAGUUCUUCUCAGAAAAGGAAAAAAGGCCACAGUUUUCAUUGGACUGUCGCUCUUCAUCCCGGCAGUGACUGUAGUUGCCUGUGUUCCCAGUAACCUACCAGUCUUCAUGACUAUGUGCGUUCUGAUGGGUUUCAGCAUGGCGACCAUCAUUUUGCUACCCUGGUCUAUGCUUCCAGAUGUGGUGGACGACUUUGCCUUGAGACAUCCCUCCUGCCAGGACCUGGAGCCUCUGUUCUUCUCCUGUUACGCCUUCUGCAGUAAGCUGGCGGCAGGCCUGUCUAUUGGAAUCUCAACCAUGACGCUGCAGUUUGUGGGCUACAAAGCGGGUGCAUGUAACCAUGGAGACGGAGUAGUGAUGGCUCUGACGGUGCUGUUCUCGCCAGUUUCCGUCGCACUUCUGCUGAUAGGGAUGAUCUUCUUUUGCUUCUACCCGAUUGAUGAGAGGCAGUGUGUGCAGCCCCCUGAACAAAAGACCACAGUCCAGUGA